GCGGUAUUUUUAUUAUUGACUUAGUUCAAAAUUUGAGUGCUUUAGUGUCAUCAAUGAGAAAUGAGUUUCAAGGCUCCUAAAUUUCCGAACUAUCUUUAAAAAGUGCUAGGUUUCCAUUUUUAUGCAGUAAAUAUUUUUAAGCUAAGCACAUCAUGACUAAAAUAAUAGAUAGUUUGGAAUGUGGAAAAUGUGGAGAGGUUUUCCACCAGCUGGAAAUUUUCAUCAAACACAAAAUGUCUGGUUGUACACCUAAAGAAGAUGAAAGUGAUGAAGAUGCUGCUUCUAAAGAAGCAAAAAAUAUCAAACAAAUUGUAAAAAAACCUACAGUGAGUGAAGCAAGCCCAAAAACGUCAACGAGCAAAUAUGCUAAAGAAAUUGAUAAAAUGAAAAAAAGUUGUUCACCUCAAGUAUUGAAAAAAAAGUUUCCAGUCUCACCUAGUUCAUCAUCGAAAAAAUCUAAGCUGUUGCCUGAUGCUCCAAAACUGAAAGGGGUAACUGGAUACCUUUGGAAAAAACGCAUGAUGCAAGAGCAAUUGAAAGAUCAAAAGAGACUCAUGAUAGCAAAAAGAAAAGCAAUGCAAUAUGCCUCUGAUGAAGGCUCAUUUGAACAGGAUGAGUCUUCAGAAAGUGAUGACAUGAUUGAAAUGAGGCCAGAAGCUCAGUGUGGAAACUGUGCAGGCUGUUUGCGUGAAGAAGAUUGCUUGGAAUGUGAAGUGUGUUUGAGGAAGAUGGAAGAUCCUGAUUUAGAAGACUUAUGUAUCUUAAGAGAGUGUACUGAAGCUGACAAUGAAGUUUUCAAAGUGGAAAAAAUACUUGCCAAGAGAUUUCGACAUGGACGUUAUGAAUAUUUGAUAAAAUGGAAGGGUUAUCCCAACUCUCAAAACACUUGGGAACCUAAAGAGAAUAUUUUAAGCCCUACUCUACUGGAGGAAUUUGAAAAAAGACAUCACAGACUUAUUGCAAAAAGAUCUCAGUUGAUGCCAGCUCCGAAGAAAAGGAAAAAGUUUUAUUACACAGAGUCAAGUGAUGAUUCAAGCCAAGAUGAGAUGCGCGCAUCUCGGAUGUUUUCUCCCGCAACUGCUUUAGAUGCACAAAGAGGUAGAUCUAGCAAAAAAGCUGCAAUGAACUUCAUAAAAACCGUUUGUUUGAAAGGAAGACGACCAAGCCCAGAAGUAGUUCAUUUUGAUGAGUCGGUAGUAUCAUCAGAUUCUGAUGCAAGAUCGAGGUCUCCAUCACCCCCUCCAGAAAUGGCUAGGAAAAAAAUUAUCAUUGAAGUUCCAGACCCAAGUGAAGAAGGCAAAUUUGUUAGAAUAAAAGGAGAAGCUAGAAGGAUUAAAUUUUUGAAAGAUUGUGACCUCAAUCCAGUUGUGGCUUUGGGUCAGAGAGUUCCUAUGGAUGAGGCUGGCAUACAAGCAUAUUUAUUUGAUUACCUUAUUCAGGCAAGGUUAAAAAAACUCAAUACUAAAAAGUCCUUUAGAAAUAUUGAAAUACAAUCUGGUAGUCUGUCAUCCCCAAAGCUAGCAAAGGAUAACUCAAAUCCUGUUAAAUUCAUACCUUCUAUUAAAAGUGCGUCUAUUGCAAAGCUGCCGAUUCCCCAAUUAAGUAAGUCAAUAGAUGAUAAAAUCCAAGACAAGAAAAGGAGAGUUACAUACCAAGAAAAAAUUGAAAGCCUAUUGAGUCAAGAAAGAAAUGAUAUGGAGGUUUCUUUUGAUGAUGUAGAUGAUUCACUUAAUGGUGGGGAUUCUAAAACUUUAGCAGAAUUAAGAGAAAGUUUGCGGCAAAAUAUGAAAAAAACUGAAGAAAAGAAGACAUUCAAACCUAGUGGCCCUGAAUCAGUUCCAAAAGUGGGUGCUAGAAAGAAUUUUGUACGGCCCAUAAAAUCAAAACCAUCGCCUGCACAAAGUUCACUCCAUCAAGCACCAACAACUAGUUCUACAAAUUCUGCAAAAGACUCGACAAUCAAUUCCGGUGAAAGAGUUUUUGUCGUAAUGCCAGAUGGUAGCAUGGUUGAAGUAAGUUCUGCAAAGAGUGAUGAAAACGUUUCAAAAUCCUCUCCAGAACCUGUAAAGAAAACUCCUGCCAAAGAAAAACCAAAGGUACCUAAACCGUUGGCUGUUGCAUCAAAAAAACCUGUAACCCAAGUGUCCUUGGAGGAUUGCACAAGUGAUGCUACUGAUGAUAGUAGGACAUUGAAACUCCCAAACACAUUACAGUUAGUUCAGAGUGAAUUGCCUUUAUCUGAAGCAGAAAACAGCAACAAAUUAAUAGGCAUGUUUCUGUUUCGUCAAGUUAUAUCACCAAAUGACACAAAUCAUAAAUGUCUUCUUUGUACAGCAAAAAAUACAUACCGUACUCUCUUGGAUUUGGAGAAACAUUAUAGUACUGUUCAUGAAUUAGCUUCACAGAUGUUUAAAGCAGAGUUCAGCGAAAAUAUUGUCUUUGUUUGUGUUCCUCCAGAUGUUACAGAGCAAACUACUCUAAAUUCAGUUUGUAGAUUUUGUGAUAUUACUCUAAAAAAUUUGGCUGAAGUCCGAUCUCAUUAUCCUACUUCCCACACUAAAGUUGUUCGGCUCGUACAUGAACAGCAAGUAAUGGAGUUAAAUACAUCUUUAUUUUGUAGCAUAUGCUCUAAAAUGUCGAAAAAUUUCACUGAUCAUCACAGUCACAUGAAGAGUGUGCAUAGAAUGCAGACAUAUGUGUGUAAAUAUUGCAGCUUUAUAACUUCCAGAGCAAAUCGAUUAAAGUCUCAUGUGAAACAAAAGCAUCCUCAAGUUUCAAGCCCUUUAUCAAAUACUGUUGGAUCCGUGAAAGGAAACAAGCUUAAACAGAAGUGUCCCGUUUGUCAGCUCUUUAUAAAUGGAAAAGAAACCCUGGACCAGCAUGUGACAUCAUCUCAUGCUAUUCAAACAGGUCCUGAAAUAUAUUCAUGCAUAAAAUGCUUGCGUCAUUUUGGUUCGCUAAAAGAAUUUACUGAUCAUGUUUUUAAUUGCACUCCUACUGAUGUGGAAGAACCUGUGAAACUUUCACAAUUAAAACAAGAUGUAUUUAUUUAUAAAUGUAAUCAGUGUGCUUCAAUGUUCUUCACAGAAAGAGACAUAAAGAAACAUUUAGCUGAUUCCAAGCAUGCUCAAAGCUUCGAAGUAGUCGCACCUAACGAAGUGGGGAACUACAACUGCUUUUUGUGUGACAAAAUUUUUGCUACUGAUGAUUUGUGCAGAAGUCAUUAUUUACAUGUUCACAUGGCAUGGAUUGAAAAAAGUGCGCCUAAAUUUGUGGAGACACAUGGUGAUGUAGAAAAAGAUGACAUUGAUGGAUCGAUAACUGCAAACAAUGCUCCUGGAAAUGAAGAAUUGGCAGUCAUUGAAUUUCCAGACAAAAUAGGACAUUACUGUCACCAUUGUGAUUAUGUCAUCAAAAAUUAUACCCUUUUCUGCCUUCAUAUGCAGGGAAUGCAUGCUUGUGAAAAACGUUUUCAAUGUGCAAUUACAAGUUGUACAAAAACUUUCACUAGCCCCAGUGAAUUUAAGAAACAUUCAAGAGUACAUGAUCAACGUUAUGCUCAUAAUUGUAGCAUAUGUGAUUCAACAUUUACAGAUGAAGCAGAGUUAAAAGAACAUAAUUUAUCAGUAGAACAUGGCACGAAGUACAUGAAAAUGCAUGAAAAAUGUCGGCCAAGUGGUAUUGAAGCACGUAAUCAUCAGUGUAAAGUUUGUCAAACGUGGUUUGGCUUACAUCAUUACCUGGUUAGACACAUGGAGACUGACGAUCAUGAUUAUACCUGCCAGAAAUGUGGUCUGCAAUAUUUGCAGCCUGGAUCACGGCGAUUGCAUAUUCAGCAAGUUCAUCCUGAAAUUGCUACUACCUGUGAGUUUUGUACCCUUAAAAUGUCAAGCACACAAGCUGUUUGGGGUCACUUAAAAACUCAUGGAAUAGUUCAUGAAUGUGAAAUUUGUCACAGAAGAUUUUUACACAAGGAACAAGUAACUACUCACAUGGAAGCUCAUGAUCCUCCAGUACAGUGUCCAUGGGAAGGCUGCUUCCGUCAACUUGUAACAAAAAUAAGUCUCUAUUAUCAUUUGAAAACUCACAGGGGAGAUAUAGAUUACAAGUGUUCCGUUUGCUCCAAAGGAUUUAUGAAACAGAAGCUUUUGGAAGCUCAUAUGCGCACUCAUCAAAUCGAAACACCAGCUCCAAAACCUGAUGAAAAAGCUGAAGAGAAAGCCCAAAGUGAAGGUGAAUUAAUUCAACUAAUUUGUGCUGGAUGUGAAAAGGGCUUCGAUGAUGAGGAUCAAUUUGCUGGUCAUGAAUGUUCCCCGGAAAAAGAGUCGGUAAUUCCUGCUUCAGUCGCUGAAACUGAACAAAAAGUAGAUAGCGUUCAGAGUGAAUCUGUAAGUAAAGAAAAGGUAUCAGGACGCAAACUAUCGGAAGACAAUAAAGAUGCAGAGGAUUCGUCUAAAACUAAGUCAGCUGAUGUUUUGCUCGAUGCUGUUCUAGAAGAUUCUGCCGACAGUCAUAAUAUGCAAGACAGCAAUUUUAAGCAAGCGACGGAUGAAAAAUCGGUAGAUCCAGAUGAAGAACCAAAGACACUGGAAAUAGUGUCUACUGAAAAUAGUGUUGAUGUUCCUGACAAAAAUUUCAACGUAGAAUCUGCAGCGUCAAAUAUAGAAGAUGAAAAAAAAGAAUUCAUUGAUGGAGUGUUGUCAAUUUCUAAUCAAGAAAGCAACGAUGGAUCUUCUGCUCAGUUUGACGAUAUUUCAAGUGAAAUGGUUCUUGCUAUGGAAAAAAAUCAAGUUAUGAAUUUAGAGGAUUCUAAUUCAAUCAGUAACCAACCAGAAUUCUCGUUAGACGGUGAAAGCAAAUUGGAAGAAACAGUUGAAGUAUCAUCCGAGCAGCCAAUGGAUAUUUCAGAAUCUGAAAAUAAAAUUGAUUCUGAGAAAUUCAUAGAAGCAGACUCUCAAGCACAAUUCUCAGAUGCAGUUGAUUCAGAGCAGCAAAUAAUUUCAGAGUUCGCUAGCAUAAGUCAAGACAUUACUUCUGUUAGCGAAAAGGAAAAUCUUGAAGACACUCCCAUGGAAAGUUCAGACCAAAUACUUGAAGCCUCUGAUGGGAGUCAAGAGAUCGACUCUGAGCAUGUUGUAAUGAUGGUUGCAGAUCAUCAAGACGAUAGCCAAAGUAUCGAAUUGGAAUUACCUGAUGAUUCCCAGUAUAAUCGCACUUAUAUGAAAGUGCCUACUUCUGAUGGCAAAAUGUUGCUGAUACCAUUCAGUGCCACUGAAAGUGGAACAACAGUGCUGUCUUUGCCACCUGGCUUGACAUUGGAGCACGACGGGACUGCUCACGGGCAAACAAUUCAAGUUGCGCUUGAAGGUGCUGAGGAAGUAGAUGAAAAUGGUGAACCAACAGGACAAAGAUUUCUGCAUGUACCAGUGGAAGGGGAAGUAAUGGAGGAAUUAUUGCAAAGUGGAGGCAUUCAAGUUGAAGAGAAAAUGACCACAGAUACUAUUGUAACUGAAGCUGACAUUUCACUUCAAUGUAGUGAAGACUAAUGCAGAACUGCAUUUUAUUUCUGUGGCAACAGAUCUAUAUUAAAACAAUUCUUUUGGGACUUAAGUUGGAACAAUCCUUACUCUGUUUUCUUUUUUGUAAUCCAUUGCGAUGUUAGUAAAAAAACAAUAGAUAACCAUUCAACAGACGUCUAAUAUUUGCAUUUGGAAUUCAAACCAGUGUAAAAAAAAAAACAUUGUUUUACUUAAUAUUUUAUUUUUAAACAGCUAAAACGGUCAGAUUUCAUGUAAAUAUUGCAUAAAUUGUAUUUUCCUUCUUAGAAUUUUAAUCUGCUGUCGUAUCAUUGGAAGCCAGAAAUUUAGGAGUCAUCAUUUUACCAACAUAUGGGAAUGUGAUGAUUGACUACAGCUUUUACACUGUGUAUUGUGUAUAAUAAAGUUUAAAUCGUAUAUUUUAUAAUUAUGUAUAUAUAAAUGAAUUAAAAGUGUUCUCAAUCUGUAAAGAUUGGAAAUAAAGAAAUCAGUUGUGGUAGUUAUAUUUGCCUUUUUCCUACAAAAAUGGACUGCAAUUUUGGUUUCGAGACGAGAAGGUUAGGACCGAACGUGAGUUAGUUUGCGUUGUUACAUUUUUGUAUAAAAUACUUUUUUUAGAAUUAUAUUUGUUUUAGUACGCUAGUAGUACUAAAAAAGUUUUUUAAAUGGCUAAAUUUAAGUUAUCGUCUUGGAAGAAAAAUGAAUUUAUCCUUUCUUUUCAGCAAACAUAAAACAUUACUUGGGCAAAUACAAGAAAACUAGUAAAUGGCUAAGGUAGUUCUGUUAAAGCUGAAUUUGAUAGAGGUGUUACAUUUUAGUGACUGUAUUGACCACAACAAAAAUAAAUUAUUUUUAACGAAAAAGACUUGCCACAAUAAGAAUCUAUCGUAAUAGCUUUAGCGCAAAAGCAAACCGUGAUGCUGGGAGUUCCAAAUGCAAAUGUAGGCCUAGCUGCUUCGAUAUCGCUACUUUAACGUGCAUGGGAUUUAUUGUUUUGAGAAUUAGAAAUCUGUAAUUUUGUCUUCAAAAAUGCAUGUAUCAAAUGUUUUGAAUAAAGCUAUCGUUACUA